CGAAUGAAAGGUAGAACUCUGUAUAUUUAUACAUAUAUCAUAAUGGUAUAUUACGGUAGAACGGUGGCGGAAAUGGCUAAGCCCUCGUUUCUCAGGGCGGAGAUGCCUAUCGCUCCAGAUCUCCACGCCGUCCGCGGCGGCUCCUCCUCCUCUAGCCGCCGUGACCUCGUCUUCAUUGUCAAUCCUCGAGGAGCCAACGGCCGGACGGGCAAGGAGUGGAAGAAAUUGCUACCCUAUCUGAGAUCUCGCCUCGGUUCAGAUUGUAAUAUAUGUGAGUCUUUGACUUCAGGUCCUCAUCAUGCGAUUGACAUAACAAGGGAGGCCAUACGUGAAGGUGCUGAUGCCGUGAUUGCAGUUGGGGGUGAUGGAACUCUUCAUGAGGUUGUUAAUGGCUUCUUCUGGCGUGGAAAGCAUGUCUCUCAUGAUAAUCCAGAGGCUACUCAUACAACUGCACUUGGUCUUAUCCCCUUGGGCACUGGUUCUGAUUUUGCCAGGACAUUUGGCUGGAAAAACGAUCCUAAUGAAGCCAUUGACCGCAUAGCAAAAGGACUGAGGUCUCGGAUUGACGUUGGAGUAAUUACUGCUGCAAACGAUGACCCUCAUUACUUUGUAAAUGUUGCUGAUACGCACUUGAGUGCAAAAGCAGGUUAUUUUGCAUCUAGAUACAAGAGAUUUGGAAACUUAUGUUAUGUGAUUGGUGCUUUGCAAGCCUUUUUGGGGCACUACAACCAGGACCUUAAGAUCAGGAUCAACGGGGGUGAAUGGGAAGUAUAUACUAAGGUGACUGCUCUUUGUAUUGGAAACGCAAAAUUCUUUGGUGGCGGUAUGAAGAUCACUCCAAAUGCGAACCCAUCAAGUGGAAAUUUUGAGGUAGUUACUCUUCAGGACUUCAGAUGGUAUGAUUUUAUUCUUAAGCUGCAUAAGUUGUACAAUGGAACGCAUUUGUCAGUCCAAAAUGUAUCUUCAAGAAGUGCACGUUCUAUUGAAGUUGAGGAGAUUGGAGGCAGCAGUAGCGUGUAUGUUCAGUCUGACGGUGAAUUUCUGGGGUUCCUUCCUAGGAAAUUUCUUGUUUUACCUGGUGCCAUUGAGAUGAUACGAUGACGCGAACCUUGAAGAACAUCUAAUUCAACUACGCGUGCCAAAUUGUUGUGCUCAAUCUCGAUGCAUCCAUGGUGCUGGCUGCCAACAGAGAGAAGGAACCAAACCAUACAGCAACGAGAGAGCUUCAAUGGUGAAUAUAAGACAAGAUGGGUCCUGUUUAUUGUUUUCCUGUAAGGCUAAGCUAAAUCAUGUGGUUAAUCUGCAACACAUUGAGAAGUUCUUUGGUUCUCGGUUGAAAUUGUUGCUGUGGGGUUGUUUUGUUGUCUUGAUGUAAAGAUUUGCAUUCAGAUCAUCAUGCAAAUUGUGAGAGGAAACGAAGAAAAGCUUCAAGAUGUUGCUGCUGUAAUCUUUACUUGUUGGACAACAAAACAUCCCAGUGGAUUGAAUUAUGAGAUGCAUCAUCUUGUUGGCCUCAGAAAA